AACAACACAUCACUGCUGAAGUGCUGCCGAUCGCGCGAGGUUGUCCAAAUCCAUUUUUGUAAAAUAAGAGAACUUUUCAAACCUUGCAAGCCACCGGAACUUUCCAGAGAGUCGACCAUCCAACCUUCUUAAACCCCAUGGUUCCCAAUCUCCCAUCAACCAUUCAAACCCUCGCAGCCGCCGUCGCCAUGGGCACCCUCGUCGGCCACGUCGCUCCGGGCGCCGGCUUCCUCCUCAUCGGGCUGUGGCAGCUGUUCAACCACAUCCGGCUGUUCGCGCUGCGGCCCGGCUCCUACGCGGCGCCGCUCUGGUUCCCCGCGCGCGGCGUCCGCCACCUCGAGCUCAUCCUCAUCAUCGCCGGCACGUCGGCGUCCAUCCUGAUGGAGCUCGUCAUCGGCCCCGCGAAGCACCAGCCGUUGGACGACGACGGCACCAUCCCGUCCGACCACCUCCACAACUUCGAGCACGCGUCCGUCUCGCUCGCCCUCCUCGCCUUCGCCGCGGUCACCAUCCACAUGGACAGGGUCCGGGCGCCGAUGCGGGACGCCGUGUCGCAGCUGGCCGCCGCGGCGGCGUUCGCGCAGGAGCUGCUCGUCUUCCACCUCCACUCCACGGACCACAUGGGCGUGGAGGGGCAGUUCCACUGGCUGCUGCAGACCGUCGUCGCCGUCACGCUGGCCACCACGCUGCUGGGCAUUCCGUACCCGCGGAGCUUUGUGGUGAGCCUGGUCAGGUCGGCGAGCCUCGUGCUCCAGGGCGUGUGGUUGAUCGUCAUGGGCGUCAUGCUCUGGACGCCGGGGCUCGUCCCCAAGGGGUGCUUCCUGAAUCACGAGGACGGCCACGACGUGGUCCGGUGCCGCACCGACGAGGCGCUCCAUCGCGCCAAGGCGCUGGUGAACCUGCAGUUCAGCUGGUACCUGACGGGCACCAUGGUGUUCGUCGUCGUGCUCUACCUCCAGGUCAGCAGGCUGUACCCCGAGGAGCCGCAGUACUUGCCGCUGGUCAAGGGAGGACCCUCCGGCGGCCGGUUCAGCGUCGGGGACGAUGACGAGGACGAUGACGACGAGGAUGACCUGGAGGCCGCGAAAAGUACUUACGGGCACAUGGUCAGCGGCACAAAGCCCAUGGAGAUAGAGAGGUAAAACUAUGAAAGGAGGGAACGGUGAAGAUGCAGGGUCGUAUAUGUGGUGCUGUAGAUUUGUAUAUAUAGUUGUUUCAAUUUUGUGGAUUUGGUGUUCACCGAGUGAACUGACCCGUAAAUGCGGGUCAAGUUCAAUUUGCUUGUUGGUCUGAUCAUCGGAGUACUACAAUGGAUUCAUGGCUGGCCUGUGGAUGGAGAGUGGGCUUGCACCUUUUGUGUGUCUUCUUGAUUGAUGAUUGUACCUUAAAGCUUGCCGUAAAUGACUUCUUUUAGGCCGGGCAGUCGUCCCCGGCGCUUUCA